AUGUCCUUCGACCCUCAUAACGUCGACCUGGAAACGGCCGACCCAGCCCAGAUCGUGUGCUACCUCAACGCCGAAGGAAACGAAUACGAUGGCCGGCUCGGCGCGCGGAUCUCCGCAAUCUUCGUGAUUCUCGUGGCGUCGUCGGCAGCGACCUUCUUCCCCGUGAUCGCGCAGCGGGUGCCGCGGCUGCGCGUCCCGCUGUAUGUCUACCUGUUUGCGAAGUAUUUCGGCGCAGGCGUGAUCGUGGCCACAGCCUUUAUCCACCUUCUGGACCCGGCAUACGGCGAGAUCGGGCCGAACUCAUGCGUCGGCAUGACAGGCCACUGGGGCGACUACGCGUGGUGCCCGGCAAUUGUGCUGGUGUCGCUGAUGGUGAUCUUCCUAAUGGACUUCGGGGCCGAGCGCUGGGUUGAGGUCCGGUACGGGCUGUGUCGCGACGACCCAGAACCCAUCAUGGCGAGCGAGUCCGAGUCCGGCCACCUCCACCACCACCGCGACUCAGACUCGCGCCCGCGUUCGCAGGACAAGCAAGCCAAGGAAAUUGAGUCGCAGUCCGAAGCCAGCUGGGCCGAGCGCUCGUUCCGGCAGCAGAUCGCCGCGUUCCUGAUCCUGGAAUUCGGCGUCAUCUUCCACUCCGUUAUUAUCGGGCUGAACCUCGGUGUUGCCGGCGACGAGUUCGCCUCCCUCUACCCCGUCCUCGUCUUCCACCAGUCCUUUGAGGGUCUCGGUAUCGGUGCCCGUAUGUCCAGCAUCCCCUUCAAGAAGGGCAGCUGGCUGCCCUGGUUCCUUUGCUCGGCCUACGGCCUCACUACCCCGAUUUCCAUUGCCAUCGGCCUCGGCGUCCGCACUACCUAUAACCCGGGCUCGUUCACGGCCAAUGUUGUGUCUGGUGUGCUUGACUCCAUCUCGGCGGGAAUUCUGAUUUAUACUGGUCUGGUUGAGCUGCUUGCUCGCGACUUCUUGUUCGACCCGCACCGCACUCGCGACAACAAGCGUCUGACCUUCAUGGUCUUCUCUCUGCUGCUGGGUGCUGGCCUCAUGGCUCUUCUUGGGAAGUGGGCUUAA